AUGUCCGAGAUCGGUCCUUCAGACCAUCACCAUGACUCUGCAUCUACCUAUCAACCGUCAAUGCUAGACGAGGAUCAAUCUCAUAGCGCAGCUCCCCUCUUACCCAAGUCUGAUGAUUAUGAGACCGCAUCAGCAGACGGGAUGAAAGAGCUCGAAAUGGGAGAUGUCAAGAAUCUCAGCCCGAGCCCGAGCCCCAGGCCAGGUUCGACUUUCAUGGUUGACGAUGAAUGGACCCCAAGGUUCAAGCGGAGCCAUACUCGAACCAGAAGCGUCAGACGGACCUGUCUGCUGUUCCUUCUCAAGGCUGUUCUAGCCGUUUGGUUGAGUGUAAUGCUUUACAACGUCAUUCGGUAUUGUGCGAAGCAGUCGCCCAAAACUGGUGAUCUCCCAGACACCAGCAGCAGCACCAGCGACGGGGGUAGCCCCGCGUCUACACCUACAUCCAAUGACCGGAGAAUAACAAUCGACUCCAACACCGGGAACAUACACGGCGUGUACCCCCUCUACGACUCCCUAUCCCUCACCACAACAACAGGUAACAUCACCGUAGCCAUCGCCCCGCAGCCCGCACACCCAGACCACCCAUUCGAGCCAGCGCGGCUGCACAUCCGCUCCCUCUCGGGGACAGUCACCAUCUCAUUCACCGCGCCAGAGGCAGCCGUCCUCCCGGACCUCGAACUAGCCAUGGAGCUGGAGCUGGAGCUGCACCAGGAUGAUAACGACUCACUGCCACAUACCGAGAUCAUGAAAACCUGCGAUCUACCGGCCCGGCCGUACGAGCUCGACAUACAGACAGAAUCGGGCCCCAUUGCUGGUCGAAUGGUCUUUUCGCGCUCUGCGCGGCUGGUUUCGGGCGGCGGGGACAUCACUGCCAUGCUUAUUCCGGUUAUUGGUGGUGUUGGCGAGGAUUGUACCACGGAGAUGUGGCGGAAUGUGUCGAUCGUGACGGAGGCGGGGGCCGGUGAGCAGCGGAUUCAUGUUACGGAGCCAUAUGUCUUGCGCUCCAAGGCUGGGGAUGACGCUGAGGCCAAUUACUUUGUGGCGGGGUGUCAUGUUGCGGGGAACGGGGGCAUGGAGGUUGCCUAUCCGGCUGCUUGGGCUGGGAAUGUGCAUGUGCGUACUGAAGGUGGGAGUGUAAGGCUCGAGGGGGAGGGCGUGGAAGUUGCGGAGUCGGGAGAGGGGAUGGUUGAUGCGCUGGUUGGGACGGGGAGGAUCAGUAAUGAUGAGGAAGACGAAGACGAUGAUGACGAUGACGACGAUGACGAUGAGGAAAGUGAUGAUGCUGAGGAUGAUGAUGACAUUGAGGAAGACAACGACGAUGACGACGACGAAAGACGACUAGGAGGAUGGAUGGACGUAACCUUCAGAUCCAAGGAGGGGUCAAUCCUGUUCUAUGUUGGGUAA